GCAGGAAGUGAGAGGGAGGGUACCUUAAGAUCGACUCGCACCCAUCUUUAUAUAUAUAUUUCUUAUAUUUACUUAUUAUUUGCAUUCGCUUAUUUGUCAGUCAUUUAGUGGUUGAACAAAAGUCACAAUGAUUUAGAAGCGGUAAAAAAACUGAAGCCCUUCUCCUGUAAAAAGGAAAGAACUGAACCCGUUGAUCGCCCACUUACUAUCCUAUGGAGAAAGCCAAUCCCGCCACAAUGUUGCAAUGGUUAUGUACUCUUCCUCAGCUUCAGCCCUUAGCUUCUGCUACAAAUGCGGCUCCGGAUCCAGCUCAAGUUCCAGCUGGGGCUGUUGUAUUUAUUCUACCAGGUGCUCCAUCUACAACUGAAACUGCGGCUCCGGCUCAGGUUACUGCUGGACCUCCAUCUGCCACGCCGUCCACUUCUUCUGGUCUUCCAGAAAAUAGGAUUUACAAGAAUAAAAUUCAGGAAUAUACGCAAAGGUCUGGCAUUCCACUACCAAUUUACCGGACCGUUAAUGAAGGAUCCUCACAUGCACCUCAAUUUCGGUCAACUGUAUUUAUAAAUGGAGUAACUUACACCUCUCCAUAUACUUUUUCUCAUCGAAAAGCGGCCGAACAAGAUGUUGCCAAACUUGCGUUGGAGGGCAUCUCACUAGAGAUCGAGGAGGAUAUCACUAAAGAUCAAGGGCAUAUCCGUCUUCUCAUUCUUGAGCAUACUGUGUUUUGCAAGUCUAUACUUAACGAAUUUGCUGCAAAGAUGAAUCUUGCACGGCCUACCUACAGCACUAUCCAGCAGCAAGAAGCAUUGCAUCCUGUUUUCACAUCUUCUUUGCUUUUCAAUGGUGUAAGUUACAUUGGUGAAGCUGGUAAAAACAAGAAAGAAGCUGAACAAUUGGCAGCACGUGCUGUUAUCUUAUCUCUCCUAGGUACUUCUGGGACAGGAACACUUGUUUCUGAGAUUAUCAAGUCUAAGCACAAACUCUACACUGCAUUCGACAAAGACACAAGCUAUGCCCAUAAGAGUCCUCUAUCCCGGGGAGCAAGUGUAGAACAAAUUAAUGUCAUGCCCCAGGGAGCAAGCGUAGGACAAAUUAGCACCAUACCUCCAGGGGUAAGCAUAGGGCAAAUUAGUGCUGCACCGCAAGGAGGACAAAUUCCUAGGCUACUUGACAAAGGUAAGGGAGUUGAAGUGGCUGUUGCUGCCAAGAAUGUAUCAAAAGGUUCAAUUCCAGGGGCUUUCUCAGUAAUGGCUCCAUUGAGGCAUGAAUUCAAAGCACCAAAACCCUCUCAACCAAUAAAAAUAGAACCAUCAUCACAAGCAACCAAUCUGCCAAUUGCAUUUGUGCGUCCCGUUUUACAACAGCCUCUGUGUGAAGGUCAGAGGUCUUCCAAAAAAAGGAAAAAUAUCUAUAACAAGAAAUUGCAAUCUGACACAUAGUUGCCGGUUGCCGGUUGCUGCCUUGCCCAUGACUCCAGCCCCACCUCCCUGUUUUGUAGCCCAAUAAACAUGUAGUAACUCUGUGUUUAUUGUGUAUUUAGUUAGGAGGAAAUCGAUCUGUCAUCUUGGAUUUGGUUAGACAUUAAUCCCUUUUUGUGCGCUAUGUAGAUAAUUAUUUUAUUUGGAUCUGACUGUUUUCUGCCUAUGACCAUUGUGAAAAU